AUGGCUCUACCCAUUAUUGAUCUCAAGAGGGACUUCAAGGCCAAUGAAAUUAUUGCUGCGAAGGCCGCGAAAGACAAGGAUCUGAUGGAUGUCGAUUUGCUUUACUACAGUGAGUUCUUCCAAUCGUUUCUCUACUGCCCCAAUCCAAUUCUCAUUCUCCGCAAGCUCCAAGGCGUUCAAGCCGUAUCCAAGCAAGAAUGGCGCCAAUAA